AGACAAAAUACUAAAUUGGGUAAAUCCGAAUGAAAGAAGGAUCCUCAAACUAUUGCACAGGGUGAGGGAGUGCAUGGACGCAGAGAGACCCAUCUCAUUGCCUUGAUAAAAUUUCAGUUAACUAUUGAAAAUGAUUAAUUGAGAAGAUGAAUAUUGAAACUCAGCUAUGUCAGGUAAACCUGGCACACAAAUCCCCCUUCUUUAUGGCCUUGUUAAUGAGAUAUUUGAGUAACAAAACUAGAAUUAAUUUGAUUGAGAAACAUAAUAAUAUGUUGGAAACCUAAUUGAUAAAUGUUUUGCUCACCUAGACAUUUUUUUGAAUAUGUUUAUUUCCAGACUGUUGUCUAACGAACAUAAUAACCAUAUAUCAAAUAAGGUUGUUGCUGCUGAACGUGGGAAUAGAAAAAGAAUGGAGGGAGGAGAAGAGGAGCAGCAACAAAAGCGGGACGAUUCCAGAUUCAAUCAAACACUCGAGAACAACGUCCAAGGGUUUCUUAAAGGACGGAGUGUUCCUGGUGAAGCAUUCCUCACCAGGAGUCCCGAUCCUCCUAUCUCUCCAACGUCAUACCACCGGAGCUUCUCCGAGGAGGACGCCGGGAGAAAUGAUCACUUGGAGAAUCCCCUCGAGGAGGUGGAAGAUCAGAGCUCGAGCCAUAAACAUGAUAAUACAUACGCCGGGAAGCUACGAUCAAGCUCCAGUGGAGAAAUGAUGGUGAAACAAGUCCAAAACGUGAAUACAGGUGUUAGAUCAAGCGAUCACGGUAGAGUUAUGAAGUUCAACAAAGUCCUCUCCGAUACUACUGUCAUUUUAGAGAAACUGCGCGAGCUAGCGUGGAAUGGUGUGCCUCACUAUAUGCGCCCUGAUGUCUGGCGCCUUCUCUUGGGAUAUGCACCACCUAAUUCAGAUAGAAGGGAGGCUGUCCUGAGAAGAAAACGUCUUGAAUAUCUUGAAUCUGUUGGCCAAUUCUACGACCUUCCAGACUCCGAACGUUCUGAUGAUGAGAUCAACAUGCUUCGCCAGAUUGCUCUUGACUGUCCAAGGACUGUACCAGACGUCAGCUUCUUUCAGCAAGCACAGGUGCAGAAGUCAUUGGAGCGUAUUCUUUACACGUGGGCCAUUAGGCAUCCAGCGAGUGGAUAUGUUCAGGGAAUAAAUGAUCUCGUCACUCCUUUUCUAGUUAUAUUCUUGUCGGAAUAUCUAGAAGGUGGUGUAGAGAGUUGGUCAAUGUCCGAUCUAUCUUCUGAAAGAAUAUCAGAUGUGGAAGCGGAUUGUUACUGGUGCUUAACAAAGCUACUUGACGGUAUGCAAGAUCAUUACACGUUUGCUCAACCUGGAAUCCAGAGACUUGUGUUCAAGCUCAAGGAAUUAGUAAGACGUAUUGAUGAACCUGUUGCCAGACACAUGGAAGAGCAAGGAGUAGAGUUUCUUCAGUUUGCUUUCCGGUGGUAUAACUGUCUUCUGAUACGUGAGAUCCCGUACAGUAUCAUCAACCGUCUAUGGGACACUUAUCUUGCUGAAGGAGAUGCAUUACCGGACUUCCUAGUGUACAUCUAUGCUAGCUUUCUCUUGACGUGGUCAGAUGAGCUGAAGAAGCUGGACUUUCAAGAGAUGGUGAUGUUCCUGCAACACCUUCCCACACAUACAUGGACAGACCAAGAGCUGGAGAUGGUUUUGUCAAGAGCAUUCAUGUGGCACAGUAUGUUUAACAGUUCCCCUAACCACUUGGCUAGCUGAGUGACUUUUUCCUCAAUUAUGAUAUGACUGUUCGUUCGUUCUUUGGUUAUAUUUUACUCCCAAAAUGAGCUUUGGUAUAAAUGGUAAAUGCUAACAUUCUUUGUCGUGUUAAUUGUGCCAUUAGUUUAUGUAUGGUUUCUCACACGACACUUGUUUAUUCUGUCACCAGGUUUUGUGUUUGUAAUAUUUGUAGCUUUUUUACUCAUUCAGUCAUUUGCAUGGCUGUCUCUCUCA